UGUAUCUUGAUCAACCGAGAGGAUGAUGAUAAAAGAAUUAAUCUUGAUUUGGACUGCAAUAACAGCAUGUGAAGGAGCAGAUCUCAUUAUGGAGAUUACCGAAGGAGGCGAUACUAAUGCGGUCAUACUGGACGAACCACUCAUACGACAAUUCCAUAGUUGUAUUUGUACGAAUAUAAACACUUUGUGCAAAAUACCAGUGAACGGUAUGAGUGUCAUCCAAGAAAUAAUACAAGAUGUCAACGUGUCUUACCAUUAUGACAACACAUACUUUUGUUUUCAUGAUGCAGAAGGUUUUACCUGUUACAGACUAAAAGCUAUAUCUAGAAUACCAGAAUGCUCUUCUCAGAAUGAAAGGUGUAGUAACGUAGCAUUGGUAGCAAAAGCAAAUACGUGCACCAUAGGAACUGUGAAUCUUCUAUGGUCUGGAACUAAAACUGUUUCAAUAAAAGUAUUUUCGGAGACGAUUAGAAAUUUGUUCAGUUGUGUCUCCUUUUGCUCUAAGCAAGAGCCUGUUGCAGAAAAACCUGCUGACAAACCUGCUGACCAACCUGCUAGCGAAGUGAUCAUCGGAGUUUCCGUCGGCGCUUCUGUAGUCAUUCUUAUUUUGGCAUUGGUUAUAAUUAUACUUUGCUUUAAAAUGAAAAAAAGACAAAUACUUACAAUAAACCAAAGUAGGCCUCCAAUGCCUUUGCCAAAUGGAGAACAAAACAGACAACAAGCACCUAGUAGGCUUACAGUAAACACAAUAGAAAAUGAAUCUACACAUUAUGAAUCGAUUAAUUAUUCGAUUCAUGAAUAUUUAGAGCCUAUUCAAUUUUCAAGAGAAAACGUGUUAACCAAUGAACACAGAGCAUCAAACUCGGAUAACACACCUUCCAACAAUAGCCCCGAUGAUACCAGAGCUAAUGAAACCAGCAUUUCCAUAGCUGGCAAUGACACAGUACGAUAUGUGAAUGAAAGAGAAACCAACAUUGACAUGGCUAGCACAAGCAGUAACACCGUGGUGGAAGUUACAGAAUAA